UCUCCCGAUUCGGUUACGCGUGCGCCGACCAAAGCAGCGCCCCCAAAAUUAUCCUUAUCCUGGCGGCAGGAUUAAGAUACAAAAGUGUAUGAGUGUCACACGAAAAUUCCAGUGCCCACAAACACAAAGUGCUAAACGACAAAAUUAAAUCCUCAAAAAAGGACCUGUUAAGUUCCAUAAAGAAAGUGCUAGCCCUUGGCCAUUUUGCAGAGUUUUCUUUUGGGGCGGCGCUUUUCGGGGAAACUGUUUCGGUGUCGGAUAUUGAAGAACUCCCAAGGUUGCAGGCCAAAAAGCUGUUGUGACAUUUUUUUAGCAAAGCAAAACGCAAUGGCGCCAAAGACGCCGCCAUUUUCGCAGCUCGACAAAAUGGCGACAAGGACAUCCACAUCCACAUCGAAAUCCAGAGCCACAUCCGAGUCCGAAUCCUCAUCCAGUUGGCUCUGCCGCCUGCUGAUAUUCGGCUUUUGCAUUGGCGCCGCCGCCGCACGAGACAUCCCAUCCUUGAUGGACCAGGCAGACGUGGCCUUUUACUGUCCCGGCGAGGGUCUGUUUGCGGACGACUACGAUUGCCGGAUUUAUUACCGCUGCGAGCGGCGGUCGGGCCAGUACAUCCAGCCCUACCUCCUGGCCUGUCCCGAGGAUGCGGUCUUCUCCCGCUCCCUGCGAAUGUGUCUGCCACCGGCGAUGGCCGGCCGGGAUGAGUGCGUGGACCAGGUGAACGAGGUGGACGACGGCAGCAGCAUGGCGGCAGAGAAGUGGGAGCAGGACGACUACGGUCAGGAUGACCAUAAUGCGAUGCUUAACCUGGCCGUCACACCUGCGGCCAAUGAGCUGCGAACCUACGCCUCCACCCAUCGGCUGCCCACGAAUUAUGGCCUGGCAGGUCUCAGCGGUGUCUCUGUCAUAUCCUUUUCCAGCUCAUCAUCCCUGCGAGCUGUUGGCGCGGAGGAGGCGGACGGGGUGAUAUGCCGGGAUGAUGGCUUCAUGAACGAUCCCAGCGACUGCACCGUGUUUUAUCGCUGCAUCUCGAAUGGUCGGGGCUACAACAAAAUAGGCUUCCGCUGCUCCGAUGGCACGGCGUGGGAUGAGUCCCUGCAGUCCUGCAACCACAUGUUUGACGUACGUGCCAACGGAGGUUGUCGCAAUCAAGCGGUUCCCCAAAACGAUGGUUAUUACGCCGGGCAAACGUCAACACAAUCCUCGCAGACCAGUUACCAGAACUCCACCUCAAGCAGCCAGCAGAGCUCCUCCACUUCCAGUUCCUCGAAUUCCUCGCAAAGCUCAAGCUCUACGUCCAGUUCGACAUCCAAUUCUAGCUCCAGUCAGGAGUCCUCCACUUCCAGUAGCAAUCAGCAGUCGAGCUCCUCGUCUAGCAACAACCAGGAAUCCAGCUCUAGUUCUAGCAACAAUCAGGAGUCCAGUGCGGAGUCCAGCAACAACCAGGAGUCCAGCUCCGAAUCAAGCAGCAAUCAGGAGUCCAAUUCAGAAUCUAGCAACAAUCAAGAGUCAAACUCCGGAUCUAGCAACAAUCAGGAGUCUAGUACGAGCUCAAGCAGCAACCAGGGUUCAAGCUCCCAAAACUCUGGAAGCAGUCAAGGUUCUAGCUCCCAAAACUCCGGAAGCAAUCAAUCCUCCAGCAGCAACCAAAAUUCCGGCAGCAACCAAUCAUCCAGCAGUAACCAGAACCAAAGCUCUGGCGGCAGUCAAAGCUCAGAAAGUAACCAGUCCUCGAACAGCAACCAAAGCUCUCAGAAUUCCGGCAGCAACCAAUCCUCUAGCAGUAACCAAAACUCCGGGAGCAACCAAUCCUCCUCCUCCAGCAACAGUCAAAACUCCGGCAGCAAUCAAUCCUCCAACAACAAUCAGAGUUCCCAGAACAACCAAUCCUCCAGUUCCAACAACAACCAGAACUCCUCAGGCAAUCAAAACUCUAGUGGAUCCAAUAAACCAGUGCCUACAGAAUGCGAAGAUGAAAACACCUACAUCCCCGACAAGGAGGACUGUGCUAAGUUCUACAGGUGUCGUCUAGAUAAGGAUGGAAAACUGGAACAAGUACCUUUCACCUGUGGACCCGGCACCGUUUGGAACCAAGACGACAAGGUCUGCGAUCUGCCCACUGACGAUCAAAAGAAGAAGUGCAACAUUCAGUCGGGAUCAUCCAGUGGUAGUAGCAGCUCUGGACAGCAGUCGAGUGGAAGCUCCUCAAGCAAUCAAGGAUCUUCUAACAAUCAGUCAUCAAGCAACCAGAGUUCAUCGUCCAGCAAUCAAGGCUCAUCAAGCAAUCAAGGCUCAUCUAGCAAUCAAGGCUCUUCAAGCAAUCAGGGAUCUUCAAGCAAUCAGGGAUCUUCCAGCAAUCAAGGCUCAUCCAGCAAUCAAGGUUCUUCCAGCAAUCAAUCCUCAAGCAACCAGAGCUCUUCCAGCAACCAAGGAUCAUCCAGCAAUCAAGGCUCCUCCAGUAACCAAGGCUCCUCCAGUAACCAAGGUUCAUCUAGCAAUCAAGGCUCCUCCAGCAAUCAAGGAUCGUCCAGCAACCAAGGCUCAUCGAGCAACCAAUCAUCCAAUCAAGGCAGCAAUCAAAGUUCAUCGUCCUCAAAUCAAAGUUCAUCUUCAUCGUCGUCAUCCUCGAGCUCCAACAACAAUUCGUCAAGCAACAGCACCCAAUCAACGACUCCCAAGCCCUCCAAUCCCGAUGGUAAUUGCCAGGAUACGGAAACUUAUUUGGCAGACAAAAAGGACUGUGCCCGUUUCUAUCGAUGCGUAGAGAAUGGUAAUGGCGGCUUCGAUAAGGUUCCGUUUGAUUGCUCUCCGGGAACGGUUUGGGAUCCCGACACUAAGGGCUGCAACCAUCCCACGGAUGUGCAAAAGGAGCAGUGCAAGGCAAUGGCCAGUGGUAAUGGCUCAUCCAAUCAGGGAUCUUCCUCAAACCAAGGAUCGUCUUCCAAUCAGGGCUCUUCUUCCAACCAGGGCUCGUCGUCCAACCAAGGGUCCUCAUCCAACCAGGGAUCUUCUUCCAGCCAGGGCUCUUCUUCAAACCAAGGAUCUUCUUCCAACCAGGGGUCUUCAUCCAACCAGGGAUCAUCUUCCAACCAGGGAUCAUCUUCAUCCAAUCAGGGAUCUUCCUCGAAUCAAGGAUCUUCAUCCAACCAGAGUUCUUCUUCAAACCAAGGAUCAUCUUCAAGCCAGGGAUCUUCAUCCAACCAGGGCUCCUCUUCAAACCAAGGAUCUUCCUCAAACCAGGGAUCUUCUUCGAACCAAGGAUCUUCUUCCAACCAGGGAUCAUCUUCCAACCAGGGAUCUUCCUCUAACCAAGGAUCUUCCUCAAACCAGGGGUCAUCUUCCAAUCAAGGCUCCUCUUCAUCCAACCAGUCCUCAUCAAAUCAAACGUCGUCCUCUCAGCAGUCGUCUUCUUCUAACCAAACUUCAUCCACCACACAGAAACCCUUCAAGCCCGCUGAGAAAUGUGAGAGCGAGGAAACGUUCCUGGAUGACAAGGAGAACUGUUCCAAGUUCUAUCGUUGCGUGGAUAAUGGUAAGGGUGGAUUUACCAAAGUUUCAUUCACCUGCCCACCAAACACACUAUGGGAUCCUGAGGCCAACAGCUGCAACCACCCUGACCAGAUCCAGACCAAUCCCCUUAAGUGCAAAAAGGUGGUCAAUCAAGGCGGAUCCUCAUCCAACAACAGUGGUUCCUCUUCGAACAGUACUUCUUCAAACAGUGAAUCCUCAUCAAAUAGUGGUUCUUCCUCCAACACUGGCUCCUCCUCCAAUACUGGAUCAUCUUCAAACACUGGAUCAUCUUCAAACACUGGAUCUUCUUCAAACACUGGAUCUUCAUCAAACACUGGAUCUUCUUCAAACACUGGAUCUUCUUCAAACACUAGCUCGUCCUCCAAUACUGGAUCUUCUUCAAAUAAUGGCUCAUCCUCGAACAGUGGCUCUUCUAACCAAGGCUCUUCUUCAGGUUCCAACUCAUCAUCAUCAUCUUCAUCAAACAACAACAAUAACCAAGGUUCAUCUUCAUCGUCCUCAAGUUCAUCCUCGUCCAACAGUAGCUCGACUUCCACAAAACCAAAUCCUUCGGAAUCUUGCAAGGUCAAUGGACAAUUUAUUGGUGAUAAGACCCAGUGUUCCAAGUUCUAUCGCUGCGUGGAUAACGAUAGGGGAGGCUUUAAUAUGGUGGCCUUCACAUGCGGCCCUGGCACUGUUUGGGAUGCCCAACUUCAGGCCUGUAACCAUGCUUGGGCUGUAAAGGAAUGCGGAGGCGUUGCCCCUUCUACAACUCCUCCUCCAUCCACCACCUCCGGACCAACUACAUCCAGACCAUCGGGACCAUCCUCCACAUCAAGGCCUUCAGGCCCAUCUUCCACAGCCAGACCUUCAGGUCCAUCAUCAACAUCCAGACCUUCAGACCCAUCUAGCACCUCACGUCCUGUGACCACCCGACCAACAACCUCCUCUCCUUCCACAUCUUCAUCCUCUCCAACGACAUCCCCUGUUACCCAGUCACCCAACACCGAUGGCAAAUGCAACUCCGAAGGCUUUAUGGCCGAUCCCAGCAACUGCUCCAAGUUCUAUCGCUGUGUCAGGAACAACAAAGGUGGCUACACCCCAAUCCCAUUCCAAUGUGGAUCUGGUACCGUUUGGGAUCAGGAUCUGCAGACCUGCAAUCACAACUUCAACAAUUGUAACACUGGCACGGAAUCCACCACAUCGAAACCUCCCUGCGAGCCAACAACCAAUGGAACAACGACUACUCAGAAGCCUGUUACCUCCACAUCAGGACCUACGACAACUGAUUUGCCUUCUACCACGACUGAUUUACCAACCACAACAGCAACUGGGAUACCUCCCACAACAACAACCAGGUUACCUCCCACUACAACAACCGGUCUACCUCCCACUACCACAACGGGCUUACCUCCCACUACAACAACACGUUUACCACCCACAACGAGCACAGAAAUACCGACCAGUUCCCCCACUACCAUACCGCCUAGUACAUCAACAAGCAGUUCGGAAACAGAAACCACAACGAUGACACCAAAUCCGGAAACCACCACACAGCCACCUUCUACAACCACUAUGAAGCCCCUUCCGGCUGGAACUGAAUGCACCGGAGAGGGUUACAUGGCCGAUCCCGAAGAUUGCAGGAAAUACUAUCGAUGCAUCAGCGCUGGAGCCUCCUACAGAAAGUACAAUUUCACUUGUCCCAAGGGUACAGGGUGGAACGAAGAUGUGCAGACCUGCGACUACAUGCAGAACAUACCGAGAUGCUCGAAGUUACCUGCGGAACCGGAGACCACGACACCAAGUGAAGAGUCCAAGGACCCUGGAAGUACCACUCCACAAACCACGGAUGAACCUACAACAGUGACUAAGCCCAAUACAAAACCAACCACAGAAGUUACAACAGAGAAUCCACAGAAACCAACGACAACCGAAUAUCCCAACAAGCCAACUACCACGGAAGAGCCGCAAAAGCCCACCACAGGAAAGCCUACAACCACUGAAGAACCCACAACAGAGAGACCGCAGAAACCCACAACGACCGAAUACCCCGGAAAGCCAACCACCACAGAAGAACCUACAACAGAGAGACCUCAGAAGCCCACCACCACCGAAUAUCCCGGAAAACCCACAACACAGGAACCUGCCACCACAAAUAUUCCCGGCUAUAACCCACCCACAACAUCCGGUCCGGUUGAAACUACGACCUCCACACCUGGUUAUAAGCCAACCACCAACCAACCAACAACCGUAGAACCUAUCACCGCCACUACUGCCCCUCAAGGACCCACCACCACAUCCUCACCUCAACCCACAACUACGGAAAACCCAGAAAGCACCACACCGGAAGGUCCUGCGACCACCAUUCAGCCUGAACCGCAGGCGAACUAUACCUGCACAGCCGAAGGAUUCUUCCCUGAUCCCGAAGACUGCAGUCGCUACUACCGAUGUGUAGAUGCGGCCAAGAAUGGCAAGUACCAGGUUUAUGGCUUCAAGUGCGGUAAGGGAACCGUCUGGGACACAUCCACCGAAACUUGCAACUAUGCCGACCAGGUGUCGGGUAAUUGCUCAUCCGGACAGACGACUACCCCAUCGACUUCCACGGAACCAGGUUCAACGGGUACUCCUGAAACAACCACUUCUAAGGUUCCGGAAACAACAACUUCUAAGGUUCCCGAAACAACAACCUCUAAGGUUCCUGAAACUUCAACUUCCAAGGUUCCCGAAACCACUACAACUGGAGCCCCUGAAACCACUACCAAGCCAGCACCGGAAACAACUACCUCUGGAACUUCUCCCGAAACCACUACUUCCGGAAGCACUAGUCCUGGCACAACUACCACCGAAGCUCCUGAAACCACUACUACAACAGCCAGGCCUGUGACCACCACCACCACGAGUGCUGGGGAAACCACAACCAAUCCGCCAUCGACUGAAGCUCCAAGCACCACUGAGAGUCCCACUCCCGAAACCAAUACCACCGCCCCUUGCCCCACCACGGGACCCGGACAGAAUGCCUACGUCUGCCCCACCGGAUUCCGCCAGCAUCCGGAGAAGUGUGGCAUGUUCUACCAGUGCAGCGAAAGUUCGGACAGCAACGAUCUGAACAUCGUGGUCUUCCAGUGUCCCAAUGGAACUGUCUACCAGGACAAGACCUGCAGCUGUGGCAAGCCCCAGGCGGGUGACAAAUGCCUGAAGGAUAUGAAGAGGACCUUGUUCGAACAGGAAUCGAAGCUUCAGAAUGUGGUACAAAUCAGCUCGACGGCCCCUCUCUGCCCGGAUGAGGGUCACUUCGCGCUCAACGAUGACCAGUGCGGCCAGCUGUUCGUCAAGUGCGGAUACUCGGAGGUGACGGGACGCAUUGAGGGCCAGAUCCACCGCUGCCCGCAGGGAUUCGCCUACUGGAACGUGAGCCGUCGAUGCGAGCCCGCCCGCAAGCUGCUCAACUGCACGCCCACCACCUACAAUGUGGGCGGAAAUGUGCCGCUGGAGUGGCUCAACAUUGGCCAUAGACGCCGCAGCAUGCGCAUUUAAUUAGAUUUAGUCUAGACUCGCUUAGUAGCCUGCCAUUGUUUGUUUGCUGCGCCAGCAUGGGAUUCACAUCCUCGCACUUGGCUGGCCCAGCAAACGAUCGAACAGAAGAGUUAGCUUAGGAUGUAGGAAAAUUACAGUAGGUUAAGGCCGGGUUUACCCCUCCAACAUAGACGGCUUUUGAGGAACUUAUAAAAGAAAAUAACUAAACUUAAGUAACAGAAACUUUUUAGGCUGGGGGAUUUUCCCUCUAUAUCAGGAGUAUUCCGAAGCUUUGAUUGUUGGAGGGCUAACAAUUCUUGGUGUCGGACUGCGGGGCUGCACUUUACGCAUUUGAAAAGGAAACAAAAGAUUUUUGAGUAGUCUUCCUAU